AUUUUGCACGCUACCCUGGCAUCAUGGCGGGUUUCAGAUGGAAAAAAAGUGCUGAAGUUUUGGAAAAAGAGAUUGACCAAGAUAAACGAUUAAUUGAUGCAGUGAAUGAGGGCGAUACAGGUCUAGUUGAAUCUCUCCUGAAAGCCGGGGUAUCUGCAGAUGCAUUAGAAUAUAAUCGGAGUUUAUUUUAUGCAUCAAAAAACUAUUUAACCCCUAUCCAGUUUGCCGUCACGAAAGACAGUUCGGAAAUAGUGGAAAUACUGGUUGAGUAUGAAGCAAACGUAAAUGCUAAAGAUAGGUUUGAUGUUACAGCUGUGCACAUUGCAGCAGAGAAUGGAAGUUUAAAAUGUCUACAAGUUUUAUUGGAGGCUGGAGCAGACACUAAUAUUGCAACUAAAUACUCAAAAUAUGGGUCAUAUACAGCAACUCCCCACGCUGGUGGAACUACAGCCUUGCAGUUAGCUGCUAUGAACAACCAUGUGUCAUGUGUAAAGGAACUUAUUUAUUAUGGAGCGGAUUAUAAUGCAGUGGAUGAAUUUGGUCGAACAAGCCUAUAUAUUGCUGCUCAAAAAGGUUUUGCUGAUUGUGUACAUGCACAUUUAGAUAAUGCUAUCCGUACUGACAUACUGUCAAUUCCAGUCAAAGAAACAAAUGAGACUCCUUUACAUGAAUGUGUUCGUCAUGGAAAUCUUUCAUGUGUAUCAUCAUUAUUGAAACAUGGCUCUGAUUGUAACUAUAAGAAUUCAGCGGGUCUUAGUGCUCUUCAUCUGUCAUUGAUAGCUGACAAGAAAUUCUCUAUGGAGAUUGUUAGAGAGUUAAUAACACAAGGUUAUAAUAUCGAUGUUAAUUUAAAAGAUCGAAAUGGUAAUACUCCAUUACACUAUGUCUGUUUUACUGACCAUUGUACACAAGACAGACGACCGCAUGCAGCCGCAUUUCUAAUUGCUUACGGUGCUGACUUCAAUAUAACAAAUAAAGCAGGCGAUGUUCUGCUACAGCAAGAACUAAGAAACCCAAAUGGUGACAAGACAAUCAUUAAAGCUAUUCUUCAUUGUGCUAUUAAACUUCCCUUAGACUCCUUAAUACCAAAUCUGAUCAAAUCUGGUUCAAAACAAUAUCAAGACCUACAAGCUUCUUACCAAUAUUAUCGUUCAUUCUCUAAAUAUCCUCACACAUUACAACACUACUGUAGAUUUGUUAUUAGAAAAUCACUGGGUAUUAAAAGACUUCGUCAGGUACCUUGCUUACCUUUACCAACCACACUAAAAGAAUAUCUGUUACUUGAUGUGCAGAGUUUCAGUUGAAGUAUACAUAAUAUCAUUCCAGUGUAAAUAUUUGUGUAAAUGUAAAUAUGAAUUGUAAAUAGAGAUAAUUAAAGCCUCCAGUCAACUUUGCUGUUGUCAGAAGACUUUAAAAUUGUAGUCAAAUGUUGGUAUUUUGGUAGAUAUGAUUAUCCAUAUAACAAAAGCUGUAACAGGUGUUUUCAUUCUGCUCCUACUAGAGGAGAUAAAACUUUGUACAUCUUCAAUAACAUAGAUACCAGGUAGUACAAUAAUUUUAUAUAAUAAUUACUAUUCACAUGUAUGUCUGAUAGAUCAGAUGUUUCAUACAUACAUAUUUUAAUAAUUAUUUGUUGAAAUUAUUAGGGAGUCAGAAUUUUCCUUCAAGUUGACUGGGGCCUUAUUAUCAAAUACAAUAUUUAUUGUUAAGAUUUUUGUUAAAGUAUAAAAACAAGGCUAACAGGAGAUUGUACCAUUCAAGAUGAUGCCCAACAACACGGAUAUCAGUAUUUUAUUACAUUCCUUUUGAAUUGUUUACUAGUUAUGGUUCUAAUCUAAUUGACCAACAAUUUGCCUGUAAUAAUCCACUGCCUUCUAUAUCAGACAUUUAUUCUGUCAGUAUAAUAUCUUAUAUUAUAUAAUGAUUAAAUAAAGUUUUAUUGUUAAAUUGGGAGAAUGGCUUUUACAAAGGAACUGGACAUAGAAUAGAAUGGUUUUGAGAAUGUUUCUUGUAUAAGAAGUAUUAGUAUAUAGUCCAUCACUCUACCACUUAUACCCCUCAAUAUACAAUACUUUUAUAUCUUGCUUUGUUAUUCUAGAAGUCCCUAAAAUAUUAUGUAACAUACAGGGUAUUUUUGUAUUGUAUUGUCCAGCUGUAAAUAUCAACAAGAUCUAGACACUGUGUAUAUAUAGUGUAAAUAUAACAUGAAUUAUAGCCAUAGUUUAAAUGUAUUAUGUACUAAUCAGGAUUUUUGAAAUAAUAUGUACUUGAUCAUCUUAGUACACAUUAAAUAAACAAUACAAUUAGAUAUAUGGAAGUCAUGACCACUGAAAAGCGAAUCCUAUAAUGUAUAUAAUGUAAAUAGAACUGUUACCAUGGAAAAACUACAAUGAUAUUAUUAUAUUGAUCUGUUUUAUGUUAUUAGUACAAAUUAUUAAUUUGAACAUUAUGGGAUUUUUAAAGGUAUCAAUUUUAACAAUAUUGUUGUUGAGUAAGAUGUAUUAUUAAUUAAGUGCUAAAUACUUAAACUAACAAAUCAUGCUACUCCAUUUGUUAAAUCAUUACUGUACACGUUUUUAUCAACACACAAUUUUUUCUGUCAUACAUUAUUGUCUGAUUGAUGUUGGGAUUUUUGGAAUUGUACAUAAAAUUGUAAAAAAGUGCUCACUACUUAGAUUAUUUGAGAUAUUUGUUGGAUUGCCAUUUUUAUGUUUAUCUUAAGGGAUGUUAGAUAAGCACACGUUGUUUAUGGUAUAAUAAGUAGUCAGUAAUGCAAAUAACAAAGCUGCUGCUUCUUAUAAAUAUAGUAAUUCCCCAAAUAUCCAAAAUUUGUUAUUAUUUUUUUUUUUAUUAGGAAAUAUUUGUUUUGUUAUGUAAAUACUGUUCCAGUAAAAUCAUUUACUACAGUACAGAAGGUAUAUAUUAAAUUAGAUACAUUCUAUUUCCGGUCGUUCGGAUGGGACGAAAAACCGAGGUCCCGUGUACACAUUGGCGUGCACGUAAAAGAUCCCUUGGCAGUUGGAAUUCGAUAUAAGAGUAGGCCGUAGUGCCGCUGUCCGGGCAAAAUUUCUCUCAUAGCACACUGUAUGCCAUAUGCCCGUCUUCAUUAGCCAAGGUUAGGAGCAGAACAGUAGGACGUUAAACCCCAUUUCAUUUCAUUUUUCUAUUUCCGGAUGUAUUGAGUUCAGUAUCACAUAUUGACAAUUACCACACGUUAAUUUAACGGCAAGUUGAAAAACCAGGCACUGAUAUUUAUAUACUGUUAUUUUAAUCUGUCAUCAUUGUUUUACCCUAGUUGUAAAAUUCAAUUUUUCAUCAACAAAUGAGGUUAUAAAUGGUUUUUCUAAGUACAGUGAUUGGAAUGUUAUGGGGGCACAUAAAGAAUAUGUAAUUUUGAUCUAGGGGUACUCCCACUUUAAAUGUAUAUUGAGGCAUAUUGUCUAAAGAGUAUUAUUUAUAUAUAUCACAUGUAAACUAUAUGUAAAUCUGAAGUAAUAAACAUUAAGACAGA